AUGGCGACUAGACGAACGACCAAGGUCGAAGUGCCCAUACCGACAACACCAAAUGGCAACAGCAACAGCAACAUAACAUUGGACCAGCCGCCGCGAAAUGGGUCGCCAUACCUACCGACAUCACUAGAGACGACGCUACUCGCCAUAUACCCAGUGACAUUACUGAUGGGCUCCUUGUUCAGCACAUUCCGUCACGCUGAUCGCGCCAACUCAUACAAUGCCGACACUCAAUCAUACGACCCUCUCAACGCACCUAGCUAUUUCGCCAAAAAGAGCAACAUCUUCAACGUAUACUUUGUCAAAGUCGGCUGGCUCUGGACUACCCUAGCAUUCUUUCUCUUGAUCCUGUCGCAUUCGUCUCUGGGACCACCACUCCGACUCCAGCUCACCCGCCGCCGAUGGCAAGCCACUCUUCGUUAUACCUGCGCUACGCUCAUCUGGAUCUUUGUCACGCAAUGGUUCUUCGGUCCGGCGAUUAUUGAUCGCAGCUUCCGGUGGACUGGCGGACAAUGCCAGGUGAUCUAUGGCAAUAGUCUCGCCGAUCAAAAGGAAAGGGAAGAGAUGAAUGAUGUGAGGGAGGUCUUCACGCACGCGGCGUGUAAAGCGACGGGUGGAACCUGGAGAGGAGGACACGACAUCAGCGGACACGUCUUCCUGUUGAUGUUAAGCAGCGCCAUGCUGUGGCUGGAAUUCCUGCCGGCCGUGCUUCGAAUGGAAGGACUCACAGACGCUCGACGGAUUCGCACGUCGGAUGGAGCGGUUCGCAGCGCGGCGGUGGAGUCGGACAUGAAGUCGGAUACCUCGCGAGAGCUCGGGAUCGGAGUCCAGGUCGCUUUAGGAGUCGCAGUUCUGAGCUGGUGGAUGCUGUUGAUGACCGCGGCCUUCUUCCACACUUGGUUUGAGAAGUUGACGGGUUCUCUGGUCGCUUUCACCACCAUCUACUUGGUCUACUUCCUGCCGAGAGCAGUCCCAGUCUUGAGGCAGAUUAUUGGGAUGCCUGGCGUCUAG